AUGGAGAGAAUCAGAUGGUGGAAGGUCUACGCAUUGAUCGGGCUUUUGCUAUUCAGCGUGGUUCGAGAUAUCUCGGCUCUGUCAGUCACCGUCAACGACGUCGAGUGCGUGUACGAGUACGUUCUCUACGAAGGGGACAACGUUUCCGGGAACUUCGUUGUCGUCGAUCACGACAUCUUCUGGAACUCCGAUCACCCCGGCAUCGACUUCAUCGUGACAUCUCCUGGAGGCAAUGCGGUGCACACAUUGAAGGGAACACCUGGGCAAAAAUUUGAGUUUAAGGCCCCACGAAGUGGAAUGUACAAAUUUUGUUUCCAUAAUCCUUAUUCAACACCAGAGACUGUCUCUUUCUACAUUCACGUGGGCCACAUUCCCAAUGAGCAUGACCUCGCUAAGGAUGAACAUUUGGACCCCAUAAAUGUUAAAAUUGCUGAGCUGAGGGAGGCAUUGGAAUCUGUUACAGCGGAACAGAAGUAUUUAAAAGCACGGGAUGCUCGCCAUCGUCAUACAAACGAGAGCACACAGAAGCGUGUGGUGUUUUACACAAUUGGAGAAUACACAAUGCUGGCCAUAGCAAGUGCACUUCAAGUUAUAUAUAUACGUCAGCUGUUCAGUAAGUCAGUUGGAUACAAUCGGGUUUGA